GUCAACGACACGCAUGCGCAUUAUAAAUUAUUUAUAUUAUUAUCCAAGUAUACUAUCUGCAAGUAGAAUACAAACCUAAAAACUGACUGAACUUACAUCAAUUAUGAACAAUUAAAUGGAUCUUGACAAAGAAAAAAAAUCAUCUUGCACGGCAUUAUGAUGAAAAAGAAACGUUUAACAUCUGAGGUCUGUUAGAACUCUUUUGAAAUGGCUGAUAUAAAUUGGUACUCUUCGAAAUCUGGUGGGGACCACCUGGACCCAACCAUGAGUGCCAAGAGGGUGGCAUUGUGUUCACUAGCUGAUGUACAACUAAGAUUUUUAUGCCCCGAAGACCUUGAUGAAGUCCGUGCACUUUGUCAGGAAUGGUUUCCUAUAGAAUAUCCUUUUUAUUGGUAUGAAGAGAUUACAUCUAGUAAUAGUCGAUUUUACUCAUUAGCUGCAGUAUAUAAAAAACAAAUAAUAGGCCUUAUAGUAGCAGAAAUAAAACCGCACUCCUGUUUGCACAAAGAGGAUAUGGGCAUCUUAGCGAAAUCAUUUAGCGAUUGUGAUAUUGCUUACAUUCUUUCUUUGGGAGUAUUAAAAGAAUAUAGGAGAAACGGAAUAGCGACUCUAUUACUUGACUCUUUAUUAAAAAAUUUGACAACACCUGAGAGGAAGAAAGUCAAGGCGGUGUUUUUGCAUGUUUUAACCACCAAUUCAGCCGCCAUCCUGUUUUAUCAAAGUAACAAAUUUAGACUUCACACCUUUUUACCUUACUAUUAUUCAAUCAAAGGGAAAUGUAAAGAUGGUUUUAUGUAUGUGCUGUACAUAAAUGAUGGACAACCGCCAUGGUCGUUAUAUGACUACAUAAAAUUCAUGUGCGGCAGAGUGAUAAAAGGAGCGGGUUUCUUCCCGUGGGUCCUCUUCAACGUGAACAAAGCUUUAGGAUGGUUCUGGGGUUCACAGCAGGAAUCUGAUCCCAGCCAACGUCACUGAGUGGCACUAGUCUGUGUUACUUUGGAUUUUUACCUUUUUUUUUUAGUUCAGUACCUCAAGAAGAUUCACACCCUAAACAGUUUCUUAUAUAGUUUAAUUAUUGUAUAUUUUUUAGAUUGUUUCUUUCAUAUAAAUGGCGAACGUUAAAGAGUUUUUAUAAAAUUCAACGUACAGGGCCCUUUAUAUGAAUCACGUCACAUUUUCACCUAAGAUCACCGAUUACCACAUUAGUUAAUAUAAGUUAUUUAUGGAAUUGCAAAGUAUAUUAUAUAGUGUUAUGUUAUAUUUUUGUUGUUAAUGUAUUAUUUUACAAAAUGUUGUAAUUUGUAGUUCAGACUAUACCUUUUUUUUUGAAUAUAUAGUUAAAAAAAAUUAUAAA